AUGCCAAAAAAUCGCCCUGCCACCUCGGGCUACGCUCGUCUCGCCCAAGAAGAGGAAGAGCGAGCCUACCUACACGAUGAUUCCGACGAAGAUGACGAACUUGGCGCCGCGUCCUCGACGGUAUCUACCUCGGCCCCUCGUUACGCCCCCAUUUCCUCCCGAGCCCAGAUGCAGGCGUCCGGUCUCGCCACGCCUCCCGGGCAUCGGCGCAGACACAGCGGGUUUCAUUAUCGACGAGGCCGUCAGAACUCGGGGGUCGACAUAAAGGCCAUCAAUGCGCGUCUGGAACGGUGGGCUGAGGAGAUUGCCGCCAAGUUCAAGCUCAACCGGGUCAAGGGCAAAACAUACGAAGAGGAAAAAUUGGAGAUCUAUCACUCGGUCUUCCAGCCACCCGAUGGCGUUCGCCCCGUAUCCGCGGAAACUCUCGAGUCUGACGAGUUCGAGGGCGAGCAGCGGAGAGCGCGAGCCGAGUUCGAAGAGAUCAUCGAGAGUGUUCGCGUGGCAAUUGAACUCGACGUGCAUCCCCGAAUGAUCUCGCAGGGCAGUUCAGGUAGCUAUUUUGCCCGGAACACCGAAGGAAAGGUCGUGGGUGUGUUCAAACCCAAGGAUGAGGAACCCUAUGCAUCGCGAAACCCUAAAUGGACCAAGUGGAUUCAUCGCAAUCUGUUCCCCUGCUUCUUCGGGCGAGCGUGUCUCAUUCCCAACCUGUCCUACGUGUCUGAAGCUGCCGCAUAUGUCCUCGACGCCCGUCUCCACACGAAUCUCGUCCCCUAUACCGAUAUCGUGUGGCUGUCAUCGAAAUCCUUCUUCUAUGAUUUCUGGGACCGCAGGAAGGCGUGGAAAGGAAAGAAGUCGCUACCCCACAAGGCAGGCAGUUUCCAAGUCUUUCUCAAAGGGUAUCGAGAUGCCAAUAUCUUCCUUCGCGAGCAUCCGUGGCCCGACCAGGCCAACAAUGGCUUUCGCACCGAGGAUGCCCCGAAGCGCAAGAAGCGACCUUGGAACGAGGCUUGUCGUCCUUCCGGGGUGCAAUCCGACGACGAGGACGACGAGGACAACGUUUAUAUGCCCUCGCCGAAUCCGCGCGACGAAAGCGCCGAGCGACGGUUCCACUGGACAGAGAAUCUCAAGCUGUCGUUCCGCGAGGAGUUGGAGAAGCUCGUCAUUCUCGACUAUAUCAUGCGCAACACGGAUCGCGGUCUGGAUAACUGGAUGAUCAAGAUCGACUGGGGCACCGAGCAAGUCUCCAUUGUGGCGGACCCUCCCAAGGCCAACGAGACUCAACCGAAGCACGACGAGGACGAACUUAUGCCCCCUCCUCGACCGGUGUCGGUGAACUCUAAUGGAACAAACAGCUCAUCCCUUCCCUACAAGCGACAUGAAACUAUGAUGGCUGUCAGUCGCACCGGCACUCCUUUAGACUCGAAUGAACAAAAAGCAUCAGUUCAAAUCGGUGCCAUCGACAAUAGUCUUUCAUGGCCUUGGAAACACCCGGAUGCCUGGCGCAGCUUUCCCUUCGGCUGGCUUUUCUUGCCAGUGUCUUUGAUCGGACAACCUUUCACGCAGAAGACUCGCGAUCAUUUCCUUCCUCUCUUGACGUCAACUGCUUGGUGGAGCGGCACACAAACAUCUUUGCGCCGGGUUUUCUCACAGGAUGACGACUUCAAGGAGAGCAUGUUCGCACGUCAAAUCGCGGUCAUGAAGGGCCAGGCGUGGAACGUGGUCGAGACGUUGAAGCACCCAGAUCAUGGUCCCCUUGAACUGACUCGACGGACUCGAGUUUGCGUGUGGGACGACCUGGUGGACGUUCCGGUUGCCAUCCCCAUGCGGGCGCCUUCGUCAGACCGGCAACGGCAACAAACAAUGAAUUACGAUCCCGAAAAUGAGGAGAUGGAUAUUAGUGCGGCUGUCUCUGCUCAGCGGAAUGCAGAGGGCGAGGGCGAUCUCUUGGAACCUGACUCUACACCGAGCGAACUUCCCAACCCGAACCGAUUCGAACUUUCACGUGGUCACACCACCGGAGAGAACAAUCAAACCGAGACCUUGAUCGGUACUCCGAAGACUGACGGACGCCCUCGUCGCCCGACUAUGCAUGGAUCGCAUGGCAGGUCUCUUGAUGGGUGGCCGUCGCUGCCCCCUCGUCCCACCAAACACCGCAAGAAUGGCGGCUCCCUGUCGUUCCGCAUCCCCCAUGUCAACACUUUCGGCAGUGAUGAUCUUGAAGGCGAUCUUGGAUAUGCGGCUGCCGAGGGCAUGGAAGGUAACCAGCGCAAGGUGAUCGUCGAACGACUGGAGGCCGUCAAGAGCAAAAACCCCGUUUUCACAUGGUGCUGA